AAAUCCCGUUCUUGGCCUAUUUAAGGACGGAGCUCGACACAUGCGGUGUGUAGCAAGUGCUGAAUUCCUUCAGACCUGUCACGUCACUUCAGCUUCUCCCACAACAGAGCGAGAACACCGGCAGUGUGAGAAUGGCAAGCAGAAAAGCGUGUCUCUUCGCAGCUCUGUGCUCCCUGCUCAUCGUCGCCAGCCUCAUCAGCGGCUCCGAGUCAGUGAGCUGCUGCAUGAAAUACACCAAGAGGAAGCUCCACUGCAAAGCCGUGAGAGGCUACAACAUUCAGACCAUCAACGGCUCCUGUGACAUCAGCGCCAUCAUCUUCCAUCUCGGCGGGAAGUUUGUGUGUGCUGACCCUUUGAAGCCGUGGACCAUGAGGGUGAUGAAAUGUGUUAAUGAGAGAAGGAAGAGGAAUGCUGAACAAACGGGAGACUUGAAAAAUGGCCACUAAACGUUCCUUACCUGGAGCCAAACUGGAGGAAAAAAAUAGGAGAAAUCGUAUAUGAGCUUCAUGCUGAAAGGUUCAUCUGGGACCUUUUCUAUCCCUUCUGUUUUAUAAACAGGAACGUGUAAUAUUAAUAAUAGUUGUAGUUGUAGUUUUGAUAAAAUGCUAUGAAAAUAACAUGAUGAUGUUGUUGUAUGUUAGCAUUUUUGUUGUAUUAUUGUUGCUCUGAGAGCUAAAAAACACAUUGUUGCAUUAUUUUUCAAUAAAUGUCCCUGAACUGA